AUGACUACCUCAACCGUCUCCUCGCCGUCCAUCGUGCUGCUAUCCGGGGACGGCAUCGGCCCCGAGAUUGUCGCCGAAGCACGUCGCAUACUCACCCUCGUUUCGACCACUCUCAACUAUAACUUCACCUUCCACGAUCAGCAUCUCAUUGGCGGCGCCGCUAUCGAUGCCACCGGAAGUCCUCUGCCCGACUCCACCCUCAACGCAUGCCGUUCCGCUUCCGCGAUCCUCCUCGGCGCCGUUGGUGGGCCACAGUGGCCCAAACCGGCCACGAAAGAGAACCCUAGCCCUGCGAGGCCGGAACAAGGAUUGUUGAAGCUACGAAAAGAGUUGGGAUUGUACGCCAAUAUCCGCCCUUGCAGCUUCCCGGCGAAAUCGCUCUUGAGCCUCUCGCCUUUGAAGGAAAGUAUCGUGGAGGGAUGCAACAUCAUUUUUGUGAGGGAGUUGACAGGCGGUAUCUACUUUGGAAAGCGGCAGGAGGAGAAUGAAGAGGGUGUGGCGUGGGACACCAUGGAAUACUCGGUCGGAGAAAUCCAGAGGAUCACGCGCAUUGCCGCUUCCAUCUCGAGUUUGCAUUCUCCGCCUUUGCCCAUCACAUCCAUCGACAAGGCGAAUGUGCUCGCAACGUCUCGUCUAUGGAGGAAAACUGUUACGCAAACUUUGAAGAACGAGUUCCCCGCCAUACCUCUCCAGCAUAACUUGGUCGAUUCCGCGGCCAUGCUGUUGGUGAAGAGCCCGAUGUCGCUGAAUGGAGUCAUUCUGACUGAGAACAUGUUUGGGGAUAUCCUGUCGGACGAAGCCAGCGUAAUCCCUGGAAGUUUGGGGUUGUUGCCUAGCGCGAGUUUGAGUGGGUGGGGAGCGAAGAAUGUUGGACUCUAUGAGCCCAUUCACGGGAGUGCGCCUGAUAUUGCCGGAAAAGGCAUAGCAAACCCCAUUGGAACAAUUCUCUCCGCUGCAAUGCUUCUCGAAUACUCGUUCGGCCUUGUCCGAGAAGCCAAAGCCAUCGAAGAAGCAGUGGCCAUCGUUCUUGACGAACAGGCGUUACGGACGAAGGAUUUAGGCGGAGAAGUCACCACCAAACAAAUGGGUGACGCGGUGUUGAAGGUUUUGGAGGGGCUCUUGCAAAAGUUGAAGUAG